AUGUCUGAAGUCAACAACAGUGCUUGGAAUAAUAACUGCUCCGACACUCACGACCUUGUCCUGCCUUUGAUUCCAUACAGUCACUGCCCCUACAACCGCAAAUAUGCUGUGAACUUUAUUCCUCUUGUGCUUCACAUGCUUUCAGUCAUUGGCAUCAUUGGAAACCUAGGGAGCUUGUGGACCUGCCUGCGACCCUCCCAACCUUGGAGUAUUGGUUCCAUUGGUGUCCUGAACCUGGCCUUAGGUGAUCUUGUCUAUCUCGUCUCUGUAACACCUUUGGCUCUGUCCAUGAGCGCAGACUACAACUGGAGAAUGGGCCACAUCCCCUGCAUUCUCUUUAAGAUCUUCUACUUUGUGGGUUUAACAUCUAGCACCAUGUUCAUUUGCGCCAUUAGUACUGAUCGCUUCAUGGCCAUAGUCUUCCCACUGGAAUCUAGAAUGAUCCGCACUACUUGGAACAGCGCGUUGGUUUCCCUGCUGCUCUGGGCCAUCACUGCCCUCCUCAUGUACCUCAGCUACCCCAACAUCCUGUACUGGGUGAGGAGGAGUGGUGUCCACAUUUGUGGAGCAGUGGUGAUCUCCAGGUUCAAGACUACCAAAGCUGCAUACAAUGUUUUGUCAUACUACUCUAUCCAAGUUUCUGUGCCUCUGCUUCUCAUCAUUCCAUCCUAUGCAAAGAUUAUUGCCCGAAUAAAACAGUCAAGACAGAAGUGGGGCCAAGCCAACUUGCAAGUUCAAGACAAGACCAUCUGGCUGAUCUCUGUUUUCAUAGCCAAUUUCCUGAUUUGCUGGGUGCCAGGGCAGCUGCUGCACAUUGUGGCAUGCAUACUCUUCUUCACUCUUAAUGACUGUAAUAACACUUGUUGGGUAGCGUGGGUAGUCAAUCUGCUAAUGGAUACCUCUGAGUUGCUGUACUGUCUCAAUGCAUGCCUAGAUCCCUUCAUUUUCCAUAUGCACCAGGGCUGCAUGGAGAAGAUUCACAGGGCAAUGGGUUGGUUGAUUAGCUGGGACAUGACAGGGGGCAUCUCCCCUAAGAAAAGACUGUGA